UAUACAAUUUAAUGAAAAAGUUAAUAAGAAGAAAUUAAGAAACAAAAUGAAUAAGUAUAGUAAUUAAUUAAUCUAUUAUCUUUUUACAUACGAUAUUCUGAUAACAACUUAUACCAUGGAAACAUGAUCAUGGAAAAUGAUGUAGAAAAUAUGCUAUCAAAUAGUGAUCAUACAAUUCAUACAAUGUAUACUCCUCGAACAAGAGGAAGACAACAAUUUAGUUUAGGUAUUAGUUCUGCUCCAGCAGAAGAAACUGAAGAUAUUAACACGUUACAAGAAUUAUUAAAUAAAACUUGGACUAUUUUUGGAGUUUCUACUUUAUUUAAUUUUUAUCAAGAUGAAAUAUGUUUAAAACAAUAUGCAAAAAAAUUAAGAGAAGAAGUUGCAAACAAUUUAACACAAGAAGAUGUAACAUAUAAUACAGAAUUUUGUAUUAUGGAAAACAUAACAUUGAGGCCUAGUCCAAUGGAUCCACCACCAAUAAAGAUUGAAGUUUAUUCUGAAAAAGAUAAUAACGAAGAAAGUUCAAAGAAAUGUAUAUAUAAAGGAAUAUUUCUGUCAUGGAGAAGUACUAAAAAUACAUUAACUGAUAGUUCUAUAAGAUUACCUCUUCUAUUAUGUCGUAGUACACAAGGUACUUUGGGAAUUGUUCAUACUAUAUUAAGUCGUAUGUUUGAUUGUAUGAUUGUCACAUUAUCUGCACAUGAAGAUGAUUUAUUAUGGCUUAUUCCAAUUGUAAUUAUUCCAACAACUAAAGAAGAACAACCAAAAAGCAAAGAUGAAAUUCAUAUGGAAUAUAAAAUACCAGAACUACCAGAUACAGAUACAAUUACAAUAAAAUUUAAAAUUUUAGAUUUAAUAAAAAUAUUAACAGUAAUUAUAAAAGAUCAAAAUGAUGAAGCGAGUCUUGAAAUGACUUUUAAUUUAGAACAUAUAGAAAAAUUCCGUGAAGUUUUAUAUUCUCAAAUUUUAGAACUUGCUGGUUUACAAUUGGGAUUGUGUACAUUACAUAAAAUUCAUCUCCCAACACUUACUAUUAUGGAAAAUAAAAUGAAAGUAAUGAAUGCAGAUACUAUGAAUCGUAUUUUAUUAUAUUUAAAUGAAAAAGCUCUUGAUACGUUUCACACAUUAAAUCUUGAGAUGUAAUCUGUAUAAUAUAUUUUAAAUUAUUGAUGUUAAAUUAUUAUAAUAUUAAUUUUAACAUAAUAAUUUGGAUUAGUAUAUGCAAUUUUCAUAUCAUCAUAUGUUUUAUAAAUUUAUUUGGAUUUGGUAUAAUUUUUUUAAAUAUCACAGAUUGUAUAAAAUAUUAAUGUUAAAUUUCAAAUACUAUUAUUAGUAAAUUUGUACAACACAAAAGUUACAUUCAUAAAAUAUAAGUAUUAUUAACAUCUUCAAUAUGUCAAUUAUAAUUCACUUCCUUAAGAAGUUCGUUUAUAUAAAUAAAAUAAAGUAAAAUUUUAGGAAUUCUCAUCUGCAAUAUCCAUCUAGAAAUAAAAAUAAAUAACACGACAAUUAAGAAUGUAAUGUACAAAAUCUAUAUACCCAUCAGGUUGUUCGUCAAGUGGUGGUGGUACAGAAACACCAAGUACUUCCGAUAACAUAAAAGGUUUUAACCAUGUUACAAGUGGAGUACGGCCUUUAGUAUAUUGUCCAUCUUUAUGAUAAAAUAGUAAACCAUCUAAGGGAUAUAAAUUUGGAAGAUUUGCUAAUGAUAAACUUAUAUCAGUAUCACAACUGAUAUUUGGUAAAGAUAACAUGGGAAAACUAUUUUUAUAUGUAUUCCUUUUGUGUAAUUCUUCUAUUUCUUGUAAUUUUGACUUUAACCAAAAAAAUCUAAAUUCAGUCUAAAUAAAAUAAAUAAUCUUUUUUUAAUUUUACAGUAUUAUAAGAUAUAUAACAUAUAUACAAUACUAUUGUACAAUUUGAAAAUAAAUAUACUUACAUCACAAUUCAUCAAUGAUUGAUUAGACCAUGCAAGUACAUCUAAAAUAUAAUAUAUCUUUUGUUGUUUUAUCCACAAACAAUCAACAAUGGUACAACUACUUCUAUGUUCAGAUGGAUUACCACCAGGAAGUGCAGAAUAGAAUUUACCAAGACGAUUACCUCGUUUAUUAUAUGCUUUAGUUAUACCCUAAAAUAAAUAAAAUAGUAAAGAAAGAA